CUCUUGUUUGCUAGUUUGUUGCACCAUGCUAACUUGGACAACUUGUUUUCAGAAUAAAACACAGCCUGAUGUGUUGGUUCGGGACAGUCUGUAGUUAGCGGAAGGUAACUGACUUGGUGUUACUUGUGUGUUUAUUAACUGUCACGAACUUUGUGAUAUUUAAAUAAGAGCACAAGCUGUUCCUAAUGCAAGCAGCUAAGAUAACUAGCAUCAAAACAUGCAGAGAACAGCACAAUACAAAACAUGGUGAAGAAAGUUAGCUAACGAGCAUAUGAAGCUAACCAGUAUUUGCUCUUAUUGUAACUGUCCUGUAAGGAUUGUAUUUUUCUGGCUUUGGUUUUAAGAUCUCCUUUCUGCAGUUGUGGCUGUGUGUGAAGAUGAAACUACACAAGGUACUGCUGGCUGGCUGUGUGAACUGCACUAAGAUGUAUUUGCCAUUAAGUGGGAACUUCUAUCAAAAGCGCCUGUUCAGCUCUGUGUUUUCCUCAAGAAUGGGUGGGACUCGAACCCUUGACCUUUUCAGUACUCGUGCAGUGCUCUACCCACUGAAGUGCACUGUGCCACUGGGAAACAGAAGACUGGGCUUGUACAGCAGGAGUCACAGUGGUGGUGUUGUAAAUGCACUCUGCAGUCAAACAGUGUCUGUGUCAAGAUGUCAGCCCAGGAGAUCUCAGUCUGCUGCUGUGAGGAAGGAGAACCUGCUACAAGGAGGUGCAACAUGGCCUGUGUCGUUGAUCCGCCACAGAGUGACAGAUGUUUCCAGCGUGGCUCCAGUUUUUGUUGUGAUGAAUUUUGACCAAGAUGGAAAUGUGUCUACCUUUGAGAAGAAGAAAACGGAGCUGUGCCAGGAGCUCAGUCUUCAGGCCAGAGACCUUCGCUUCCAGCACAGCACCAGCCUCAUCCCUAGAAACAACUGCAUCAUCAUACGGAUGGAGUCUCUGAAAGCCAUCCUGACCCCUCAGUCCCUCAUGGUGUUGGAUUUUCGUGGUUUUGGUUUGGAGCGUUGGUUGGUACUGGAGCUGGCCCCUCAGCUGGCCUCACAGUCACACUCUCUGCCCUUUGAGUUCAGAGCACUGGAGGUCAUCCUGCAGCACAAGGUAAACACUCUUCAAGCUCGGCUGAAUGAAGUUGAACCAGUAAUGUUGGAUACUCUGGAGUCCCUGGUGGAUCCUAAGAUCCUUUCUGCUGAUAGAAGUAAACUACAUAUACUGCUGCAGAACAGCAAGAGCCUAUCAGAGUUGGAGACGGACAUAAAAGUCUUCAAGGACACCUUGCUGAAGAUUUUGGAUGAGGACGAGAUCAUUGAAGAACUCUGUCUGACCAAGUGGACAGACCCCAGAGUUUUUGAGGAGAGCAGUUUGGGUAUUGACCACGCUGAGGAGAUGGAGCUGUUGUUGGAGAAUUACUUUAUGCAGGCGGAGGAGCUGGGGAACAAGGCAAGAGAACUGAAAGGGCUGAUAGACGACUCGGAGAGUGUCAUCUUUAUUAAUCUGGACAGCCAUCGCAAUGUGAUGAUGCGCCUGAAUGUGCAGCUGGCGAUGGGUUCCUUCUCCCUUUCCUUAUUCGGGCUGAUUGGAGUGGCCUUUGGAAUGAAUUUGACGUCGUCCUUCGAAGAGGACCCUCGUGUUUUCUGGCUAGUGACAGGAUUCAUGUUCCUGGGCAGCGGGUGGAUAUGGAGACGAUUGCUGUCAUUUUUGGGACGACAUCUAGAGCCUUCAGUUCCCCCGCUGAUCCCUCAAGUUUGGAAGAGAAAUCUGAAAGCAUCAGACGUCAAGACGGGAGUCAGAUGAUGUUCUACCUCCGCUCUGUAAAAUGCCACAGUCCUCCUCCAGACUGCAGCUUUAGUGGCUGAGACGGUUUUACAACCCUGAACCUCCUCAACUCUCUACAAAGGCUGUGAACUUUCAUUCAGUAACACAUCUCAUUGUUUUGCUCUCUGCCUGCAGCAAAAGUUCAGACUGCAUCUAAACGUCCCAUGUGUUGAGUGCUUCUGAGUCCCAAUCGGUUUUAUUUCUCCUACAUGGGUGAUUCCCCAUACUUAGUCAUACAAUGUCCUUAUAUGGUGUUCUCAUAUAUAUGGCUAAAACAUGUGGAGUCAGUGUCUCUCUGUGUUAUCAGUGGUUUUACAGCAGUGAUUGGGAUUUAAUGUGACUCAAAUGGAUGUGUAUGGAAGUCUAUCACACAUAGAUUCAUAGUGUUAUUUCUAGCUGAGUGGUUACAGCAUACAAGUGACAAUAAGGACUUCCUGAAACACUUUUUGCUCUGCAAACGUUGAUAAUCUAAUAUCUGAUGUCAUAUUUAACAUAACUGAUUAAAAGCAGUGACACGUGAUCAGCAAUUCUGAAGGAACAAUGAAAUUAAUAUAUUAAUUUAAAAUAUAUAUAGAUAUAAAACAAUGACAAGAAUGAAUAUUGCCAUGUUUUAUAUUUUGUUUCACUUUGUUAAUGUGUCUUAAAUUGACAUCUGUCCAUAAAUGAAAAGGUUAUUGACUCUGUCCCGUCCCUUUUUGCAUUAAAGCUAAAUGAAAACAUGUGAAAACCUUCUAACAAAGGAAAGCAUUUUCACUCAGCAGUAUUUAAACCCAAAUUAAAGUUUUCCAAGUACAAUAUCACAAUAUAUACAUUGACUGUUUCCAACCUGGGUGUCGGGCUACCCUCAAGAGGUUGGCAAGUAAUUUCAAGGGGUCCAUAGAAGAUUACCCGGACAGGGAAGCAGAAAAAAUAUAUUUUUGUCAUCUGAAAUCAUCAUUGAAUAAUUAUAGAGUUUAACUUCAUUGGUUGAACUGGUCAGAACUGCUAGACUUCAAUUUCAGGGAUCAUAAGCCCAAAAUGUUGGAAAGCAUUGCCCUGUAGCACUGUGUAUUUUU